CCCUUUUCUCUCCCCUAAAAUGCCCCACCGACCAUUUCCCCCAUCCCCCCUCUCUCUCUCCAUCCGCUUUGAUUAUUAUAGAACAACAACACAAGAAGGAAAGAAGAAGAAGAAGAAGAGCGGAGGAGGACGAAGCGCGUACCUUCACCGGCGGUGUAAAUGCGUACCGAUACGUCCCCUGCGCUGCAGGUCGGGUUCCAACUCUUCUUCUUCUUCUUCUUCUUCUUGAGCGGCGGGGAGAUUGGUGGCGGUGAGGCUGCAAUCGCGCUCCCCCGCUUCGCGGAGGCGCCGCAGUUCCGGAAUGGCGAUGGGUGCGCGGGGAAGGGGGGCGGGGGGGUGUGCGACCCGGAGCUCGUGCACAUCGCGAUGACGCUCGACGCGCACUACCUGCGCGGGUCCGUGGCGGCGGUGUUCUCCCUCCUGAAGCACGCGUCGUGCCCCGACUCGCUCUUCUUCCACUUCGUGGCGUCGGAGUCGGAGUCGGAGUCGCCGGCGGCGGCGGAGCUCCGGCGAGUGGUGGCGGAGACGUUCCCGUCCCUCCGCUUCGAGAUCUACCCCUUCCGCGAGGAGCUGGUGGCGGGGCUCAUAUCGGCGUCGGUGCGCGCGGCGCUCGAGUCGCCGCUCAACUACGCGCGCAACUACCUCGCCGACCUGCUCCCCCCGUGCGUGCGCCGCGUCAUCUACCUCGACUCGGACGUGCUCGCCGUGGACGACGUGCGCCGGCUCUGGGAGACGCGCCUCCCCGCCGCCGCCGUGGUGGCCGCGCCCGAGUACUGCCACGCCAACUUCACCCGCUACUUCACCGCCGCGUUCUGGGACGACCCCGCGCUCGGCCCCCGCGCCUUCGACGGGCGCCGGCGCCGCCCCUGCUACUUCAACACCGGGGUGAUGGUGGUCGACCUCCGCCGGUGGCGCGCCGGCGGGUACCGGCGCCGGAUCGAGAAGUGGAUGAGGGUCCAGAAGGAGCGCCGCAUCUACGAGCUGGGCUCGCUCCCCCCCUUCCUGCUGGUCUUCGCCGGAGAGGUGGAGGCGGUCGACCACCGCUGGAACCAGCACGGCCUCGGCGGGGACAACGUCGAGGGGAGCUGUCGCCCGCUCCACGCCGGGCCCGUGAGCCUCAUGCAUUGGAGCGGCAAGGGCAAGCCCUGGGAUCGCCUCGACGCGGGGAGGCCCUGCCCUCUCGACCAUCUCUGGGCGCCCUACGAUCUCCUCCUCCCCCCAUCCCCUUCCUCCUCCUCCUCCUCCUCCUCCUCCUCCUCGGCAAUGGCGUCCUUGCUUCUCUCUUUGUAGAUACUGUAGAUCGCAUUCUUUUUUUACGGCGGUGACGCGCUUCGUCACCUCCUCCGGCGAGUGUAAAGCCACGACGACGGAAAACGGUGGGAGGAGAGAGAGAGAGAGAGAGAGAGAGAGAGAGAGAGAGAGAGAGAAACGGAGUGAAGAGUUAUUUGAGAUGAGGGGGGCUGCGGUGGGGGUGGGGAGGAAGAUGGAUUAUUUUUUUUCAGUUCGAUUCGUUUUGCAUUGAAAUUCUUUACUUCGUUCGUGUACAAAAUAAAAGAUAGAAAGAGAUUAUUCCAUUUCAUUCCAUUUCUCUGUGAUUAGUUUUCAUACAAUCGAGUUCUAUAGUUCUUAA